AUGCUCUCCCUCGCCAGCGGUGGCUCGACGAGCGGCAGCAGCAUGAAGACGUACAAGGUUCGCGUGACGAACUUGACUUUCAAGCAGGACUUCUCGCCCCCCAUCAUCGUGGCGCAUGAAAAGGGUAGUCGUCCCCUGUUCUCCAUGGGCGGGAAGGCGAGACCCGCAAUCAAGCGGAUGGCAGAAGAGGGCGUCAACGGGAUGGUAAAGGUGAUCGCAACACGCGAGAGCGGCUUCUGUGGCUUUGCCGUGGCCGAGGGCCCCCUCUUGCCCGGGAAGACAUGGAAUGGCGAAAUCACGUUUGACACGAACAAAUGCAAGGAGCCUGUCUACUCGGUGGUGGCCAAGCUCACCAACACCAACGACGCCUUCAUGGGAAUCGAUGGAUCCAAAUUCCUCGACAAGUGCCCGUCCAAGCGCUUCCCCCCCGCCUUUGAUGCCGGUACCGAGAAAAACAACGAGAAGUGUACCUGCAUGCCGGGCCGGGCGUGUCCCGCAAGCCCCAAGACAAGGGAAAAUCAUGGCCGUGGUUCAGAGGGCUUCAUCCAUGUGCACCGAGGCAUUGAUGGCGUGGGAGACCUUUCGAAAGCAGACUACGGCUGGAAUAACCCAGUUGCAGAGGUUGUGGUAUCGAAGGCCUAA